AUGCUCAACAAGGAAAAGGACACGAGCGAGUCCGUGAUGGCCACAGACAAGGAAAAGGACGCGAGUGAGUCAGCGCGGUGUGGCCGCAGGCUGCCGCUCUGGCUGGGACUCCUGCUGCUCCUGGUGGCGGCGGGGCUGCUCGCGCCCCUGAUCUACUUCGCUGUCAGGGCCAACAGCGAGGCCUGCCUGGAUGGCCUCCGAGCACAGACGGAGUGUCAGGGGCUCAGCCGACACCUGCAGCGCCAGCUACACCAGGCCCAGGAAGUCUUACACGAGAAGGAAGCCGAAGCUGCCACCUGCGAACAGACUGUGGUGACGCUGCGGGACUCUCUGAAGAAGGAGCAGGCACGAGUGGAGGAGCUUCAGGGAGAGCUGGCGACCUUGAACCAACAGCUGCAAGACGCUUGGGAGAGACUAAGAAGACAGAGUGAGACCUCCAGAAACAACGCGUCCAGCUGCUCGGGCUUCCUAUUCGUUGUGCUCGCGGUCUUGGUCCUCAACGCUCUGCUGACAUGA